AUGGAUCAAUUCAAAGACGCCUUAUCGUUAGAGAUCUGUGCGACCAGCGAGGACGUUGGGAUGUACCUGGAAAGCCAUAUGAGACAACUACGACCUUGUGUUCUAGAGAAUCGCCAACUGCAGGAGGAGAUUAAAACUACGAUCUCAGAUGCAGUCGAUGGAAUGUUUCUGUUGGCACAAAUUUAUCUUGAUUUCCUCGAUGACAAAUUGACCACAAAUGAUAUCAAGAGGUCAUUGAAAAACUUUCGGAAGCAAGAUCGAGGAUCAAGUGAAGAUGAGAAGACUGAGAUAUUGAGCCAUGCCUAUGAUCAAGUGAUGGAGAGAAUUGAUCAACAGCGGCCGGGUUUAAAACAACUCGCAGUGAAGGUUUUGUCAUGGAUCAUCUAUGCGAAGCGGCCGCUCAGUAUACAAGAACUUCAGUAUGCCCUGGCAAUAAAGGAGGGAAAGUUCCAGCUUGACAAAGGAGACCUGCCACAUAUCGAAGAUAUGGUAUCAGUUUGUUGUGGAUUGAUCACUAUCGAUGAGGAAAGUAGUGACUAG